AUGUUGACGGGGAAGCAAUGGGUUAACGUACAAGAGAAGACAUUCACGAAAUGGGUUAAUAGUAAACUCAAAAUCCGCGAUAUUGCCAUAGACGACCUCGUCGCCGAUCUCUCCGACGGAGUUAUCCUUAUCCACAUCCUUGAGAUUCUCGGGAACGAAUCCUUGGGCCGAUAUGCGUCCAAACCUAAACUCCGCGUUCAGAAGUUUGAGAAUUUGAACAAAUGUCUAGACUAUAUCAAAGGGAGGGGGAUUCAGAUGACCAAUAUUGGCGCUGGGGACAUUGUGGAUGGGAAUAGAAAGAUUAUUCUCGGGCUAAUAUGGACUCUAAUUCUACGAUUUACCAUUAGCGAUAUUAACGAGGAGGGCAUGACUGCCAAGGAAGGUCUAUUGCUUUGGUGUCAACGAAAAACUGCAUGCUAUCCAGGCGUUGAAGUAAGAGAUUUCACUGCCAGCUGGAACGAUGGGUUGGCGUUCUGCGCGUUAUUGGACAUUCAUCGCCCUGACCUUAUCGACUUUGAUUCCCUGGAUAAAAAUGAUCAUAAGGCCAACAUGACAUUAGCAUUUGAGAUUGCAUCAAAAGAAAUCGGAAUCCCGGAUUUACUUGAUGUGGAAGAUGUUUGUGAUGUUGCGAAACCCGAUGAACGGUCAUUGAUGACCUACAUUGCGUACUGGUUCCAUGCCUUUUCGCAGCUAGAAAGGGUUGAGAAUGCGGGAAGACGGGUUGAGAAAUUUAUCGUCAAUAUGCAAGGCGCGUGGGAAAUGCAGAACUCUUUCGAACGCCGAAUGAGGGAGCUUCUUCAGAAUAUUGCGAAUCAGCGCCUUCAGUGGCGUGAGGCCUCAUUUGCAGGAACGUAUGCUGACGCGAAGGAACAAGCAAAUGAAUUUGCAGCCUAUAAAAAGAAUCAGAAGAGGAAAUGGGUAGCAGAAAAAUCCGAUCUAGCUGCUCUUCUAGGAAAUAUCAAAACCAAACUCAGCACCUAUCGACUAAAGCCGUAUGACCCCCCUCCAGAAUUAAGGCUUGAAGUAUUGGACCAAGACUGGGCUAGUUUGACACAGGAUGAACGUGAACGGAGUCAAUUGAUUAAUGAGACUAUCCGCGAUAUAAAAAAUGCUCUCCGAAGGUCUUUUGCAGACAAAGCUAAUGACUUUGCCCUAACUCUUAACACAUUAUCACUGGCAAUCUCUGGUCUUGAAGGUGAUGUGGAAGAUCAGUUAACACAUGUGCAGCGGCUUAAUGACAAUAUACCACCAUUAGAUGCGUUUCUUGAGACCAUUGCUGAUCUUGAUGAUAAGUGUGCUGAAGCAAAUAUAGAAGAGAAUGACUUCACGACAUACACGUUUGAAGAACUCUCAUAUGAGCUUGGCCUCGUAAAAUCAAGUGUUGCCAAAAAACUUGCAUUUUUAGAAAACCAGAUGGUUGCGCGGAAUAUGACGAAUCUGACCCCAAUACAGUUAGAAGAAUUCGAAUCCGUUUUUAGGCAUUUUGAUCGCGACUCAUCAAAUACAUUACAUGAAAUUGAAUUCUCAGCUGCACUGGCUAGUUUAGGUUUGGUUUACGAUGAAAAUGAAAUGCACGAGGUCUUUGUCGACGCUUGUGGCCCUGGACGAAUGGAGCGAAACGCUGGGGUCAGCUUCGAACAGUUCAUACGCUUCAUGGUUAGUGUAACAGAAGAUCAGAACACCGCCGAACAAGUGUUCCAGAGCUUCCGAGAAGUUGCUGAUGGCAAGCCAUAUGUCACCGAGCUUGAUCUUCGGCAUUCCCUGAUUCCUGAGGACCUUAUUGAAAAUCUACUCCAAAGCAUGCCGAAACAUGAAGGUCCCGAUCUUCUAGAAGAUAGAGAACUACCUAAAUAUGAUUAUAUAACAUUCAUGGAACACAUGAUGAACACAAGAGAUGAAGCAGACAGGCAGCAGGGUAAACCAGGGUGUAUGAAUGGUGGCGAGAAUGAUUGGGUCCAUGAUAAAUUCGAUGAUGAUAGAGAUACACGCCCGUCUUCUUUUCGGGGGUCUCGCACCCGCCGUGAUGGCCGGCUUUCUCCACCUUCCGACCAAUCUGCAAGUGGCGCCAAACUUCGUAUUAACAACUUACACUACGACAUCACUGAGGGUGACUUGGAGGACUUGUUCACUCGCAUCGGACCCAUCAUUUCACUCUCCCUGCUAUAUGACCGUGCCGGGCGUUCUGAGGGCGUUGCAUACGUUAUAUACAAGCGUACCGUUGACGCUCAAACGGCAAUUCGGGAAUUUGAUGGCGCCAAUGCCAAAGGCCAACCAAUUCGGGUCACACUUGUUCAAACUACCAGCGAACGGCCUUCGAGGCGUAAUCCGUUUGACUUUGUAGAAAAGCCCAAGGGUAGUUUAUUUGACAGAGCCGAGCGCCCAAGAGACACCCGAAGCCUCAGUCCGGUCGCUGACAACGACGUCGCCGGAGGUCGUGGCCGUCAUCGCCGAAGCGACGUUUCCAGGCCUCCGCCCGAUAAUAUCGAUCGUUACGUUCCUGGCCAACGAUCUCCUAGACGCGACGGUGGAAGAAGUCGUGCUCGACGACCGGAGAAUAGGGAGAGGAAUGAUAGCCACCGGGGGAGAAACGGGACUGGUAGACCUAGAAAGACACAGGAAGAGUUGGACCAAGAGAUGGCAGACUACUGGGCUAAAUCUUCUGGUGAUGCGACGAACGGCCAUUCCAAUGCUGCAGAUGCAGCCCAGCCAGCUACUCCAGCCGAAGGCGAUGAUAUCGACAUGAUUCAGUAA